AUGGCGAUGCCCCCUGUGCUGCUGUUCGCACAUGGCGCCGGCUUUUGCAAGGAAAUCUGGGCUCCGAUCAUCCGCCAUAUGCAGCAGUCUGCUCUGCUGCAAAACCCGGUUGGCGUGGAAUUUGUGAGUGUGGAUCUUCCUUUCCACGGAUCCAAUCGGGACAACAGCGUCGUCGCUCAAGUGGAUGAGAAAGGUCCCCAUGUGACGCACCCCGCCAACAAUGCGAUCGCAGUGGCCUCCGUUGCUCUGUUGCAGACGGCUGAGCGGUUGAGCUCUGGUGGGCGACCAGUGAUUGGGAUCGGUCAUUCGAUGGGCGCGGCGGCGCUCUGGAAGGCGGAGAUCACCAGUCCCGGGACCUUCAGGGCGCUCGUGCUGUUUGAGCCAAUCUAUGGACCGCCAAUGCCGGAAGGCCCGAACCGUCCAUACAACUUCAUGGCGGACGUCACGUUGAGGCGCAAGUGGAAAUGGCCAUCAAGAGAAGCAGCAACUUCUUUCUUUGAGAACUGGAAGAGCUUUUCGUCGUGGGACCGCGAGAGUUUGGCGUGUUGGAUGCAAGGCGCCAUCGUUCCCGACGAGUCGGAUGACGAAGCUGUCGUGUUGGCGUGCCACCCGGCCAUUGAAGCGUCGAUCUAUUGCGGCGGUCGGUUGUGGCUCUCGGAGGAAGAGCAGGCUAAGACCAAGUGCCCUACCACGUUUCACAGCGGCAGCACCUCCAGGUUGUAUCGCCAAGAGGUCUUUGAGGACAUCGCUUCUCGCCAUCCCAAAAUAUUCACGGUCCAUGCCCCCAUGAUCGGCAAGUCGCACCUAAUGGUGUUCGAAGACCCGGAAGGUUGUGCAAAAGCCAUUGUCACGGACCUUGACGCCCUGGGCUGCUUCUCCACUGAUGCCAGGCUGUAA